GCGCGGCUCAAACAGCCGACAUACACCGCAUCAUGCACGCGUAUCUCGCGAUCGCCUUCGCGCUCGUGGCGCCCGCGCUCGCCGACCCACUGCCGCGCGACCGCCUCGGCUACGAGAGGGAAAUAGACGCCACCAACCUCAACCAGCUGCACAGCAGAAAACUCGAGGACUUUGUGCUCAGCGAUGAGUUCCUGGCUUCGCAGAAGAACAGAGCGAAGCUCAUAACUAGACUCCGGCCAGAUGAGGCGUUAGCAGCCGAUAACGUGAUAUUAGAAUCUAACGUAGUGAGGAUCGUGCGGCCAGCGAAGAGACGUGUGGAGCCGGAGGCGGGCGAGGAGCUGGUGCGGCGGCGCCGAGGAUACAAUCUGGAGCAUGUGAACGUGCCGGCGAGGUACCCGUAUCUCCCGGUCCCGAGCUACUACCGCUUCCGUCGCUGGGGCUAGUGGCCCGUACGCCGGCGCCGGCGCGCUCGCCUCCGCCAAAUGUCAAGGUUGCGCUGACGCUCCGUGGAUCCCGCCCCCGGGCGCAUCUCCCGUGUUCACGAGUGCGCACUGCAUGGACUGCUAAUUAGUGUUAUGUUAUUUAUAUGAAGUGGCUGUGAUCGAACGCUCAAGUUACGCCGUUACUACGACGGUCGGGAGGCAACGAUUGACAGAGUACCUACCUACCAAUAAAUUAACAUUAAAUAUUAAAUUUUAGAUAAAACAAUAGUGUAUGGAGAUUUUUUGUUGACCUUCAAAAAUAAUAAAUCCACGUUAUUUUGUUUUGUUUCUGUGACUUAAUCACACAGUUUCUUGAUUGUACACUACACACACACACAGUGGUGAUUACGUAAUAAAUCUAUUAGGAAAACUAGUUAGUUGAAUAAAAUUAUUAUGAAUAAGUCA